AUGGAGCGGUUAAAGCAUGACCAGUUUGUUAAGUCCUCACAAUGCCCUAUUAGUUUCAAUUCUCAACUCACAAGCUUGAAGAGCUCUUUGGGACUAUGGGAAGAUAUGAUUGCGAAAACAUCGAAGCUGAGUGCCUCUUUAAAAACUGUCAUCCAAUGUAUCGGUGGAUUCCUGGAGGCAUUUCAGAAGAUUGCUGAUUGUGCAUACAGUAGUAAUUGUGGCCUUAGAGAACUGGGCAGUUCAAUGACUCGAUUAUGUUUACGUGAAAGAGGAUUGGAGUCUAGGUUACGCACUUUCAACAGUCAACUAACUGAAUGCUUAACUGCUCCACUUGUUGAUCGACUCGAAGAAUGGAAGCGUACAGUAGUUCAGUUAGAUAAAGAGAAUGGAAAAGAGUGGCGUCGAGCUAAAAGUGAACUGCAGCGAGCAACAUGUGAACUAGAAAAGCUUUCAAAGCGAUCGCGUCGAAAGGGUAGCUCAGUGUCCGGUGGUGUUGACUCAGAUUCACAUGCUGAAAUCUAUGCAUUCCCAACAGCACAAUCAGGAGAUUCAAGUCAUGCCUCAGUUCUUCAAUCCGGUGACAAUAUGCACUUGAAUUUUGCUCAACACGAUCUCAUUCUGAAACAGAGGACAUUGGCUGAAUUAGAACGUGUUAGUUUACGGAGGGCAGUUGUGGAAGAACGUAGACGAUUCGCUGAACUACUUACCUGCUUGAAACCGGUUUUGGACUCAAAAUUAGCUAUCUUCGGAGAUGUCAGUAUGUUUGAAGAAUGCAUUCUAGCCAUUACACACAAUUCUUAUGAUCCAAAUCAAAUUCCAGAUGAUAUAGAAGAAGCAAUAGAUUAUGCAGUUGGUCAUGUUACUUCUAGCCUUACAUGUGAUCGUAAAUACUCAACAUCUUUUGGUAGUCGGUCUGAAUCUCGCUGUACACUGCGAUCAACUAAACAAAAUUCUACUGCUGGAAGUGGACUAGAAGUUUCCAAUAAUAGUAAUAAUUUCUCCAGUGGCAUUGGUCUAUCUUGUCAUGCAUCCGAGUUAAGUCUUCAGUCUUCUAUAUCCGCGUCAACAAAUAGCUCAUGGAAUACUGGUAAUACUAAUCAUUCUCAAUCUACAAUACAUGCAUCUUCUCAACACUGUGAUGCUUUCAACACUGGACAUAAUGCAACUAACGCCGAUGGUACAUCAUCGCAUCCACAUGUUGGUGUAGGAGAUUCUGUUAGCCUUUUUGAAAAUCCUGAGGGUUCUAUCAGUGGAGAGUCUGGCUCAUCAACAAGACCAGUACAAAAUUCAGUACUUGAUUCAGUCAAUUCUGAUUGGAUUCCAUUACCUGGUCUAAUUAAUAAGGAUGCAAACUCUAGUGAAGUCAAAAUGCACACCGGCAGUUCAGUGAGUCGAAACAAUAUCAUGGUUGGAUUUCUUCCAGAUAGUGGAAAUCUAGAAGAUGAUGAUGAUGGUCGUAUUGGCACUCAUGAGAAUACAAGUAAUGGUAAUGCUGGUGAUAGAUCUUGUGGUGGAGGCGGUGGUACAACAACGGAAGAUACUGAAGAUGGGGAAACAGAUGAUGAGAAGUUAGAUCACAGUAGUCAAGAUUCAAAUAAAUCUCGACAAACACCAAUCUUGUACCCUAAUCAAGCUAUCCCUGGACCAGUCUACACAAAUUUGAAUGAACUUAAGAAAGCUGCUGCUCGCAAAUUUCAGAAUCGUAAUUCUCCUGUUGUGAACAGCAGCAGCAGCAACAACAAUAAUAAUAAUUAUAAUUCAACUACCGAUGGUGCUAACGAUUCCGUUUAUGGUGGUCGCAAGUUCAGUAUGCAGUUGAAUGAAGAAAUAGCUAUGACUCAACCGAUCACUGCUGGUAUUGACCACAAUGGAGAAUCUUGUUUAGCUAGUGAUGUCAACAAAUUUGAUUUUAAUUUAUCACAAUCAUCUCAAGGUAUAGAAUCAUCUGGAGGAGGCGAAUCACAAUCCAAAAAUUCUCUUCCAUUGUGUUCUAAUCCCAUUACACCUGUAUCUGGUAUGAACAACAAUGGUAAUGUACACGGUCUGUGGGAAUAUGAUCAGAAUCCUGGACUUAUUCAGUCAACUUACCAAAAUAAAUCUCUUUUAUUACAGUCAACAACAGUAACACAAUUACCCUAUCCAACUUCAACGUCUACAUCAUCUAAUAGUGGUUUAUGUGAUGUGUCACAGUCCACUUCAUGCGACACUGGUGGCGGUUAUAUUAGUACGUGUGUGAAUUCUGGCACAUCAACAUUUCGUCGGAGGCAGUCGGAGUAUUUUAAGAAAUCAUUAGAUGGGACAAAUUCAGGGACUUGUUCAUCUCCCCCUCCAUUAAGUCCAUCAUCAAAAAAUUCAAAUUAUGCUUCAGUUACACCAGGAUUAAUGCGUCGAAGUAGCCAGGCUUAUCAACAACAUCCUCAUGUCGGUCGUCUUUGCGAUCGUCCAAUCCAUCCACCAAGACGUUCAAGUAGUGUUAGUCGUGAAUUAGUUUCACACAAUAACAACAAUGUGAAUAGUGGUGGCAAUUUAUUAACUGCUAAUCAGCAUCAACAUUAUUCACGGUUAAAUUUAUCUGAUUUUGCGGGGAAUAAGAAUCCGUCACCAUUUUCAUCAAUUUAUGACCAGUCGAAUAGUAAUUGUAGACUACAGUCGAGUCCUUAUUAUCACAAUAAUAAUAAUAAUAAUAAUAAUAAUAACAAUAGUAAUAAUAAUUCGCCUCAUCAUCAACAACAACAGCAACAACACUACUAUCAACAGCAACAGUCGAAUUUUUAUCAAACACAUCCUAACUCUGCUCACUUGACUCAAGAAUAUCAAUAUAGACAACAACAAGUGUCUUCGCCUUCUUCCUCACCAUAUGCCUUCGCUACCUCGCCGACUGUAAACAGUUCACAUUGUUCACGUGUUGGAGGUAGUCCUGGUUACUCUACUCUUGGUGGUAUUGAGGCUAAUCACAAUAGUACCAGUAAUAAUUGCACCAAUGGUCAACUGAUGUUUGGUGUCAAAGUUCUGCCAAAUGUAACACCUGGAUUAUUAAAUAAUUCUAACAAUCAGUCUCGAUUGCCACAAGAAAUUUAAUUCGUCAAGCGAGUUGUGAACCACCGGGUUCAAUAAAU